AUGGCUUCUGCCCAGGCUCCCAAGAGCUCCGCAGCCUCGAGCUCAACCCCUCCAGUAGCAAUAGUAUGCGUAGGCAUGGCUGGCUCCGGAAAGACGACUUUUAUGCAACGCUUGGUGUCGCACAUCUACACACACCCAGAUCCAACGUCGAAGGAACCCUCGGUCUCGAAAACUGCGCCAACCCCGCCGUACAUAAUCAACCUCGACCCUGCCGUUCACCACGUUCCCUUUACGCCCAACAUCGACAUUCGUGACAGUGUCAACUACAAGGAGGUCAUGAAGCAGUUCAACCUUGGGCCCAACGGUGGUAUCUUGACCAGUCUGAACUUGUUCAGCACAAAAAUCGACCAGGUGAUCGGGCUGCUCGAAAAAAGGACACAGGCGCCCGAGCCCGUCAAGGAGCCUGAGCAGACGACAAUCGAGUUCAUGACAAACAGCGGAAAGGAGAAGCAGCCGGCCGCUCCGGCGCAGCAACAGCAGGUCAAGCACAUUCUGGUGGACACACCUGGGCAGAUCGAAGUUUUUGUCUGGUCAGCCAGUGGAGAAAUUUUGCUUUCGAGCUUAGCAAGCACCUUUCCUACCGUUAUAGCAUAUGUCAUCGAUACACCGCGAACCACGAGCACCAGUACCUUCAUGUCAAACAUGCUGUACGCCUGCUCCAUUCUGUACAAGACAAAGUUGCCCAUGAUCCUGGUGUUCAACAAGACGGAUGCACAGGAUGCGGCAUUCGCCAAGGAGUGGAUGACAGACUUUGAAGCCUUCCAGACUGCAUUGCGAAAUGAGGAAGAGGGCGGUACAUUUGGCGGCGACGGCAUCACAGGCGGAAGCGGCUACAUGAGCAGUCUGCUGAACAGCAUGUCUCUGGUGCUAGAGGAGUUUUACAAGCACUUGAGCGUCGUGGGUGUCAGCGCCAUGACCGGUGACGGCAUGGACGACUUCUUCAAGGGCGUACAAGAAAAGAAAGAGGAGUUUGAGCGGGACUACAAGCCAGAGCUUGAGCGAAGGAGAGCAGAGCGCGAGCAAGAGAAGCAGGCCACUCGCCAACGCGAGCUCGACAAGCUGAUGAAAGAUAUGAAAGUCGGUGGCGCAGGCACAAAGCCCAAGAGAGCGCCCCGUAGGGAAGAGCCUGAGACUGUCAGCGACGUGGAAGACAUGGAUGACGACGACGACGACCACCCGGCCAACGACUUUGACGACAAUUUUGAUUCAGAAGAAGACGCCAUGGAUCCGGAUAGCAACCUCAAGCAGCGAUACACGCAGGCACUGAGGGACAGUGGCGGACCCUCGAACGAAGACAUGAGCUUCGCCAAGUACGUACAGACGGCCAAGUUCACUUGA